UGAGGAUGCAAUUUAAUUCAGUCAGUGUAAGUAUACUAAUAGUAUUUUAAUAUGAAUGUGUUCUGCUUAUAUUUGACUUUCCCUGAAGGAAAGAAUUGCAAUUACUAAAAAAAGACCCGCCCACACAUUAAAAUGAGCUAUAGGUCAAACAGACUUUUUAGCUCCAACAGUUUCUCAGAGCUUUAGCUCAGGAAGCAACAAUACAAGUGUGUAUAGAUUUUUUUUUUUUAGACAGCUCACAGAAAAUAUAUGCUAAUUGAAUCUCUUGCAUAUCUGCAUGCUUCAUCAGUCACCCACAUUGCCUGAGUUCCUCCAGUAACAAAGCUGGUUUCAUAUUUGCAGAUGAAUUUGGUAUGUUUUACUAGCUGAAUACACUGCAUAUUCCCAGUUCUUUGUAAAGAAACCAAAGGAAUAAAUUAAAUGACGGGGGAAAAAGAGAUACAAGAAAACUGCCAGCUCUUCUGGCUUUUUUUCCCCCCCUCCUCUUUCCAAAGAUAAAGAAGGAACUAAAAUCUAAUCCCAAGCUGUAAAUCUUGCCUUUUCCCCUUCCUGUCAUUUUCUCUAUAGAAGCAUAUUUCUACUUCUAACUGAAAUAAGUAUCUCACUAGAAGAUCAAUAAAGACAGUUCCCUUAUGCUGGGACCUGCCUUUUUCAAGUUAUUCUGGUGCUACUGCUUUGUUCUUGAAGUUGAGUGUUAUGAAACAUAAUUAAUGGGGCUUAAUGGAUUUUCUUUUUUGUGUGUAUGAUUUUUUUUUAAAUCCAAAUAUGCAGGAUAAUAAACAAGCUGGAUAAAUUUUCUUGAAUUUUUAUGCACCACUGCUAGGAUUUUGUUUACUGUGUUGCUAACGAUGUUUGGAUGUCCAAAACUUCACCUUCCUGGAAGGGUGGUGGCAGGUUUUUAUUUUGCUUUCGAAAUUUAAACCAAAGAAAAAUGUAAAGCUUCUAGUCAGGCAUAAACAUCUACACUUUGGAGUAAUGUGAUGGUCAAAUAUUUUUAAUUUUAGCAUGUCUAUUUAGGAACAUAUUUUAUUUUAUGCUAAAUCAUAUAUCAUCUACAUAGUGGAGAGAAGAGUACAGUGAAAUAAUAAAAAAUAUGAGCAGCUUUGGUAUGAAGAAUGCUAUGCACUAAGGACAAGGUAAAUUAGCAGAGUCCUCCUUGCAGCCUUUGUCUUAGUUUCUAGUGUGACAGGAGGAUAUUAACUGCUGAUAAAAUCAGGGUAGGAAAGCAAUGGUUCCAUUAAAAUGUUAUGAUUUUGGAUAUUGAAGCAGACCUUACUUUUCCCUAUCUUUUUCCAGCAUCAAGAGAGAGAGAUCCAUAUCUCAUUUACUUGAAAACCAUUAGUCACCAUUCUAGAGAUAUGGCUAAUUAAGCUAAAAAUAGUAUUUUGAUAAAGCUGUGCCAUUUCUCCUGGGAAUUGUUUUAAACUUCCUGUAUGCCUGCUACCAAUUUCUGCAAUACGGCUUGGGAGGAUUUGUACUGCACUGUUCGAUAGCAACAGGUCUGAAGAGUAUCAAGGAUGAAAUUCUCAAGGGUCUUUAUGUCAUGGUUGGAAAUGGAAUCAUUACUGUAUUUUUGAGCUCCUGCUAACGUCAUUGACACCCACCUACAGUCUACUAGAAAUAUAAGUGCAGAGAUCAGGUUGUUCACAGAUUACGAGGAGACCAACCAAGAAGGGGCAAGCCAAAGCCAAAUUCCCUGGUAAGCUCUAUUUUAAAGAAUGUGAGAGGGAGAAUUCCUUUUCUCCCCCUGAGUCAAGUUGUGAAAUGGAUCUCUAGUAUGUUAGACCAGGCUGUAUUAAAUGCCAUUGCACUUAUUAUAUGUAGUAAAAUUUAAUGUAGUUUUGUAAAACUGAGCUCUCUGGAUCUUGAGUCAUAUUUUUGCAUUCUCCUUGGAGCAUAUAGAGGUCUGGUACUGUAUUAGCCACUGAAAAUGGCUUUAUGUAAUAAAUGUAAUAUUUUGUCUUGAGUGUUCUACUGGUCCCUCAGAAGAGAGUCCAAUGUCUAGAAAUAGCUUUGGUAUGGGAAACACUUGGUUAGAAUGAAUAAUUUGUUCUUCCAAGGACCUUAGUACUAUGAAAAAAAGAGUUGAUAGCACAUGGAUGUAAUCUGCAGUGGGCAGACUUUGCUUGGAUUCACAUGAUCUGUGUGUUCCCAUUGACAGCUCUGUAGGAUUUAAGGAGUGUCUGUUUGCCCUUCUUACAGGCAGUCUGUUCAUCUCCAGCAUGUGGAAAGUGCUGCUCCUGGGACUGUAUGUAGUAUUGGCUGUGAGAGGACUGGAAAAGGGUGCUCCUUUCCAACCAGAAGAUAAAUGGAAGCCUCUUGAUAACCCCAGAAACAGAGACCUGUUUUUCAGAACGCUCCAGGCUUACUUCUCGGGCAGGGGUCUCGAUCUCAGGAAGUUCCCAGCUGCUUUCACUGUGAACAAUGAAGGACCAAGGCUCUACUCAGAUCCUAUUGCUUCUGCAUUUGCAGAUUAUGAAGAAAAGAAAAAAUCCUUUCAGAACUAUUUCAAAGGCUGAAAGGUUCUGCUGAUGAAGGCAUUAACUUCAGAACUCCAUGCCAAGUGGAAACCUUCAGAGCAAAAUUUUACUGCUUUGACUUUUUAACUGUUACCUGACAAUUCCAAAGUUUCUUCACUGUCACCGUUUCUGCCGAUGGAAGCUGGUGUCCUGCUGCAAUGAGCAUUAUUGUGUCUGUUGACAAAUGUCUGCAGUCUGUGAGCAGAAUUGUGCUUAAUGUGAAUAAAUGGGGAGUGCAAUAGCGUGCAUUUAACUACUGCCACGUGUCUUUGUUCCAAGCUGGGAAAUAAAU